AUGAAUUUAAUAUUACAGUGUUUUAUCCUUUUAACGAAGAUUAACAAACCAUGCUAUGUACCAAAAUUGGAAGAGGGACAAACUAUAUUGGUAAAGAUAAACCAACUGAGAUUCCAAUCACAUUAUUCCAAGCCACUUAAAAGUCAGACUACAAUGUUAAAACGUAGUUCUUCCAUUUUUUUCAGUUUUAUUCGUACUCAACAAUCAAAUUUUAUAUCAAAAUCUACCAGGGAAAUGCUACAUCAUCAUCAUCAUCACAUAUGA